AUGCCUUUCCUUUUCUCUACAAAUACUCCCAAGUCUGAUGAUCAACUAAAACAACAACAACACCCCGUCGUGAACUUGGCUCAAAAUCCUAUUGCCGAAUCUACCACCCAAACUCCAAGGUCAGUAUGGAGUUCUCUUUUCGGUUCUAAAAAGUCUGCUUCAUGUUCAGAACCCCAGGACUUGGCAACCGUGCGACCCAACCAAAAGGUGGUUGUUGUUGCCGAAGACAGUACUGGGUUUGUUGAUGUUCAAGUGCGCACGUUGUCAUAUGCUGAAAUGGCAAACAUGUCGCAUGUAAGAGACCCUACUCACUUUGCAGCUCCUAAACCAGCCAUUGCCAUGUCGCUGGAUGCAGUUUAUGGAGCUGUAAGUGAUGACUAUCUUUCAGAUGACCAGCAGCAACAGCAGCAGCAGCAAUUAUUCGAUUCUCAGCAUCUUGAUGAUUCUUCGGUACUUUUAGAAUCAAUAACCCCUACAGUAGUGGUAGAAACUAGAGAAACCAAACCAACAGUCUCUGAAGCAGUGGUAGGGGCAUUGAAGCAAGAGUCGUUAAAAAAACAAAGCCUUAAGGGAGAAGAUGUUGUUAAGCCAAUGCGUAAAGGCCCUUACAUGUCCAAACACUGGAAGACACUUAUUCACAAGAAUGAACGCGUUGGAUUGAAGCGCGUAAUUGCUCAUGAUCACCAACAGUAUGAGUCUAACAGAGACGAUGGUGAUGAUGAUGAGGUGUGA